ACACACACAUUUUCUUUCUCCUCCCCUUCAAUUUCACAAGUCUAGAGAGAGAAACAAAGCAUUUUACAGCUAAUUAUGUUGCCAUAAAAUUAUAAAAAAGUUUUAAAAAGCCCCAACUUUUGUAUCCCAAAUUCAUUUAAUUCAACACUUUUUUCAAAUUAGCUCAAAUUUGCUGCAUUUGGGCUGUUUGCUUUUUGUAUGGUGGUACAAGCUCAGGUGCUGUGUUUUGACAAACAAAAAAAUUUAAGAUAAAUCUCGUGGGAUUAGUGUGUGUGUGAGCUGUUUCUUCUGAUGUUUUAUUUUCAAUCAUUGAAUCAAAAACCCCUGAAUUUAUUUUCAUCGAGGCCGCCUUUUUUGUACUCUAUUCCAUCAAUUUUCCUUCCUUCUGAUGUUGUUUUCUUUUUAUGUUGUAAUUGUCUCAGAUUUCGCCUAAAAAUUUGAUCUUUGCUGUCUAAUUUCCAUUCUGUUGAGCUCAUUUUUUUUCUUGGUAGGCUUUGAAUUUGUAAUUUGAGGGUUAACAAAGUGGGUUUUUGCUGUUGAGGUGAAAAGUUGAGGGAUUUUAUUAAAAUGGCUGAUAGGUUUAGGUUGGUGCCCUUUGAUGAAUUGCCGUCCCAUUUGAUUUUAGAAAUAUUGAUGACAGGGCGGCUUAGUGCCAUUGAUCUUGUCUGUUUAGAGUUAACUUCUAAGACUUUUGGAGGGAGCCAUGGACUUUACCCUCACAAAUUCAAGUCAUUGGUUGAUUUUGCGGCGUUUCAACUCUGUGUUUCGAAUGCUGUUUACAAUGGGAUGCCAAGGAAUGCUCAAAAAGAAUUGUUUGAUCGUUGUGGUGAAAAUUGGAAACGGGUUUUGAGGUUCGUACAGGGUGUGGAGGAAUCAUCUGGGAUGGUUGAAACUUCAUCAGGCAAUCAGAUGCAGAUAACUACUGGGAGGUAUCAUACAUUGCUGAUAAGCAAUUCGUCUGUGUAUUCUUGUGGUUCCAGUUUGUGUGGUGUUCUAGGACAUGGUUCUGAGACAACACAAUGUGUAUCAUUCAACAGAAUUACUUUCCCAUCCUUGGCUCGUGUCGUUCAAGUUUCAGCUUCCCAAAAUCAUGCUGCUUUUGUUUUGGAGUCCGGAGAGGUUUUCACAUGCGGAGAUAAUUCGUCUUUUUGCUGUGGUCAUCGAGAUACAACACGACCCAUAUUCAGGCCUAGGUUUGUUGAGGCAUUAAAGGGAGUUCCUUGCAAGCAGGUUGCUGCAGGGCUUAACUUUACUGUAUUCCUCACGAGACAAGGCCAAGUCUAUAGCUGUGGAACCAACACACAUGGGCAACUUGGUCAUGGUGACACAGUAGAUCAACCAACACCUAAACUUAUUGAAGCAUUAAACUGGGUUGGUUCUGUUGUCCAAAUAGCAGCUGGUCCUGGUUACGUCCUAGCUGUAACUAACAACGGGGCAGUUUACUCAUUUGGUUCCGGUUUUAAUUUCUGUCUUGGCCACGGAGAGCAGCAUAAUGAGUUUCAACCUCGUGCAAUUCAGACUUUUAAAAGGAAGGACAUUCACGUAGUCCGUGUGUCAGCUGGGGAUGAACAUGCAGUGGCACUUGAUUCCAGUGGAUUUGUAUACACUUGGGGAAAAGGCUACUGUGGUGCAUUAGGCCAUGGAGAUGAAAUUGAUAAGACCCUUCCUGAACCCCUCAACAGCCUUAAGAGCCACCUUGCUGUGCAGGUUUGUGCAAGAAAAAGGAAAACAUUUGUUCUGGUUGACAGCGGUCGCGUUUACGGCUUUGGCUGGAUGGGAUUUGGUAGCCUUGGCUUUCUAGAUAGAGGAGUUUCAGAUAAAGUGCUGAGACCUCGCGUCCUUGAUAGCUUAAGAAGGCACCGGGUUUCUCAGAUCAGCACAGGCCUAUACCACACUGUUGCAGUGACAAGCCAGGGGAAGAUAUUUGGAUUCGGAGAUAAUGAAAGAGCACAACUCGGGCAUGAUAUGUUGAGAGAAUGCCUUGAACCAAUUGAAAUUUAUGUUCAAGAAUAGGGAGAUUGAUACAGGUACUACUUCUGACAUGCAUUUGUGCUAGUUUCUAUACUUUUGUGCAGCGAACUCGGGUAGGUUUUUCUCGGCAUCAUCUAUAUCUUUAGUAGCGAAUUUGAAAACAUGUAACUAUAAGUACAUUUCAAGUUUAUAUUUAUUUUAUUUAGAAAAUAGAGAUUAUACUAUGUGUAGCCUAUUGUAUUUACUGUUGAUUAUGUUUCGAAAAUACGGGGAUGCUUAUAGCAAGAGUAUUAUUUCUUUUUCUUUCA